AUGAGAAAUUUAUUCAGACGAAAUUUCCAGAACAUUCUGCUCCUACUAGGAUUAGUUACCCUCCAAGGAAGUUUAGUGCAAGGAGCAAAGAAGUCAAGAGCAUCAGACUUCUUCCCUAAAGGGUCUGGGGUGAUUCUAAAUUAUAAGCCAUCCCAAUUUGAAGAGGAAAUUCAAAAAAAAAGUGAUCAACUAGUGUUCCUAUACGUGUUUGACUCUGAGCAAUAAAAGUCGCAGUAAAUGAAUGACUAGAUAAUGAAGCCUAUCUUAGAAGAGUUGAAGAACUACUGCCAAUGGUAUGCUUAUGAUUGCCACGAACCAGAGGUAAAGGAUUCCAAGAAAUUCAAGAUGUGCGAGAACGAAGACCAUACUCCCUUUUUGUAGUUGUUUAAGCCACCUGAAAUGAAACUUAAUCCCUACACUAAUCAGCCCAUGAAGAUGCAGGCUGUCCAAUAUACUGAGGGAUAGAUUACUGUUCCAUCACUUAAGACCUUUAUUCUGAACAACCUCCCAGACUACUCAUUCAAAAUUGAUUCACUUCAAAAACUCGAAGAAUUCAGAGAUCUUAAGCAAGACUAAGAAGUAAAUAAAGUCAUUUUAUUCAGCAAAAAGAAGGCUACUGCCCCAAUCUACAAAGCCCUGACAGCCUACUAUAGAGAUAAGUUGAGAUUUGGGUUUGUAUCUUCAGAGACAGAAAAGGUAAUGGCAGAGUAUAAGGACACCAUCAAGGACAAACUCCCUUCAAUUGUCGUUUUGCAAUCCUUUGAUAUGGACAAGAACAUUACCCUUGAAAAUCAAACUGCGACACUUUACCAAAAGAAAGAUAUUAAGUUUGAUGAGUUGAAGGAAUUCUUUGGCAAGUAUGCAAGGUUCAACAAGAUUGAAGUACCUUAAAGAGCCAGUGACUCUGCAAAAGCAGAGGAGCCAAAGACCAAGUCUGAAGAGAAAAAGGAAAGAAAGAAUAAGGCUUAUUACGAGCUCUAUGAUUAUAGGCAGUUCAAUUCCAAAAUUCUAGAAAGUGACAAAGCAGGUCUAGUGUUCUAUAUCACUUCCUAAAACAUAUCAACAGAUGUGAAACAUUUUGACAGAAUCUUGAAGUUGGCAAACGGUCCAUUGAACGUAGGAGUAUUCUAUGUCAAUCACAGCGCUGAAAACUACAAAGAAAUCAAGGAUAAGUUCAAGCUAGGAGGCAAAUACCCUCAACUUAGAUUCUAUAAAAACAAUUUAUUUGGAGAGGACAAGAAUUCUAAGUCUUAUGAGAUUUAUUUGAACUCUAAGUUCGAACAGAUUCAGGAAGAGAUCCAUGAUGCCAUUGGUCAUGAAAUCAAGGAAGUCUCAGAAAAGAUUUUCAAUAAUCUUGCUAUUAGCAGUGCUACUGAGGAGAAAAAGAAUGUUAUUGUGUACUUUUAUAACGAUGAUAAGAUCGGUCUCAACUUCAAAGCGCUCUCUGCAGUCAAGUAUCUUCAUGACGACUUCACAUUCAUGUCAGUAUACGAUCCAUCUGAGGAAAUGCUAAAGGCUUUCUAGAUUUAAAAGUUGCCAGCAGUUGCUGGUAUUCUCAAGGCUGAGCCAGAUUCUACACAAGCAAGAUAAUUCACCUAUGGUGGACCUUUGAUCUAUCAAGAUAUGCUUCAAAACUUAUUGAAAUUAGAGAAUAAGGAGGAUGACUACAAUCAAAAGCAAAAGCUUCAGUCUAAGGCUAGAGAUAGAAAAUUCGAGGAAAUCACCAACCAAUAUAAAUUUUAGCAAAACUGCCUUGACAAGCAGAAGGGUUGUGCCAUCGCCUUCCUCUCAGGUAACAACUAAUAGGAAUAUGAAACUUAAAAUCACAAGGAGUACCUUGAGACUUUGGAAUAAUUAGAAAAGGAUGCUAAAGCACUUCCACUCUAUUAUAUGUGGAUCAAUGCUUCCUGUCAUUCCUAUCUAUUGGAGAAGUUUGAGAUUAAUCCUAUGUUUAUCCCAACAGUUAUUUUCUAUUUACCAGAGAAAGACAAGUCAGCUCACUUGAUAGGUAAAUUUGACAAGGAAACUAUUCAGAAGCAUGAAUCCAAAUUCGUCAAUGGAAAGCUUUCCACUUUCCCCAUGAAGGUUAAGGCUGAUGAUAUUCAGAUCUAAGAUCUAGAUUGUCCAAACAUCCAACUUGAUAUUGGUACUGAAGCAAGUUUUGAGACUGACUAAGGACUUGAAGACGAAAUUUUAAAGGAAAUUCUGGAAGAAGAGAAGGAGAGAGAAAGUUAAAGAAAGUCAGAAAAGAAAACAAAGAAGAAGAAGGACAAGAAGGAUAAGAAAGAGAAAAAGAGCAAGUCUUCAAAAGCCAAAGAAGACUUAUGA